GACAUGCAGCUCCUUGUCCACGCCCAGGAGCUACAUACUCUCAAGGUGACCGGCCAGGAGAUGGUCACCCAGAUCAAGGCUCCUGUAGCCUCACCGGAGGGCAUCGCUCCAGAAGCUCAAGUUGUGCUCUUGGCAGGCACACCCUUAGAGGAUAAGGCUACCCUGGGUGGGUGUGGAGUGGAGGCUCUGAUCACCCCAGCAGUAGCCGGCCACAUGCUUGGAGGUGAAGUCCAUGGUUCCCCAGCCCAUGCCAGGAGAGUAAGAGGGCAGACUCCCAAGGUGGCCAAACAGGACAAACAGAAGGAGAUAGGCCGAGCCAGGCGGUGGAUGUGUACAACCGGCGCUUUGUCAAUGUUGUUGCCCACCUUUGGCGAGAAGAAAGGCCCCAGUGCCAAUUCUAAAAUCUAUUGUAGUCCUGGCUUUCCCCCAGCUCGCCCGGUUUAG